UCCUAAAUGAAAAGGGAUUCUUGCUAGCUCCAAGAGGCAAGCAUAACGGCUCCCCUUAUUUUCCCUUUUACAUUCUCUAUUUAUUGUCCCUUGCGUUGGUAAUCUGAUUUAAGAUUAAAAAAGGGAAGAAGGAAAUAUAAGAGAAGUUUCGUGGUUCUGCCAAGCCUUGUUCGGUUCUUCCUCCAUUGGGCAUUGGGUGAAGAGUGAAGACAAGAGUAAUUAAAGAGAGCUCUUCUAAAGACAUGCACACUGGGACUUACAAGCUUGCGGUUUUGGAACGCAGCUCGUCCAACCCUCAACAUCGACAGUGACAGCGGGUAACAUUUCAAAGGUGGAAGAUGCCGUCAACUCCCUCAAUUCCCAUUUAUGCUACGGCCAAACCUCCAAAGUUAUCAAGAUUAAGCAAGGAAACAGAUUCUAUCUCAAACUCAAUUGUUCUUGAACUUCUUAGAGAUGACAAUUAUGAGAAUUGGAGUGCUUCAAUGAAAAACUAUUUGUUGGGUCAAGAACUUUGGUUCAUUAUCGAGGAACCAAUCAUGAAACCAACCCUGACACCUGAUUCGGACGAUUUUGAGAAAGAUACAUAUAAGGAAUGGAGAAAGAUUAAUGCUCAAGCUUUACAUGCAAUUCAACUUUCAUGCGGGGUGGACAUAUUAUCGAAGAUUAGGGAAAUCGAUUCCGCCAAAGAAGUUUGGAAUACAUUGGCUACAAUGAACAAGCCAAUCAACUUAUCAGACAUCCCAGGCAACAUCAACAAAGACCUUGUUCCAUAUGAGCCUUUGCAUACGGCUAUCAACAAUGGUAACUGGGAUGCUGCAAAAAAUUUCCUUAGCCGCCACAAAGAUGCAACGAGUGCAAGAGUUUCAGUCCAUGGACGCACUGUUCUUCACGUGGCUGUCUUUGCAGGACAUACAGAAAUUGUGGAGGAGUUAGUGAAGUUAAUGUCGGAAGAGGAAUUAGCAAUAAGUGAUGAGUAUGGUUUGACAGCUCUAGCCCAGGCUGCUAUUCUACAAAAUACUAGCAUGGUACAUUGCAUGCUUACAAUGAACACUAACUUGAUUAACAUCCCAGACAAAGAGAAUCGUAUUCCACUUAUAACGGCUCUAGAGUAUGGAAAUAUAGAAGUGGCUCGCUAUCUUUAUUCCGCCUCUCUGCAAAAUCAUCAAACAUUAAGCGACAUUGAUGCUUCCACGGUUCUGACCCGGUUCAUACUAGUCAAUAAUUUUGAUGUUGCUCUGCACUUGCUCCAGCAUUGCCCACGUUCUGCUAUUGUUCCGAACAUGUAUGGUAACUCUCCUUUGAACGCAUUGGCUUGGAAGUCUUCUGCAUUUUCGAGUGGGAACCAGCUCGUGUUUUGGAAAAACUGGAUCUAUGCCUGUAUAACCAUUCGAUCAGAGCCUUCCACCAGUGAAAUUCAUAUAGACAUCCCCAAACCAAAUGAACAACCAAGUGAUCUAGUAAAGAUUAGCGGAUCAGUGCUAGGCCUAUUACGUCGGCUACCUUCGAAUCUCUUUAAGCUCUUGGGAAUCAAGCAAAUAUAUGAAAUGAAGUUGCUCAAUUACCAAGCCCGUAAACUUUUAGUUCAAAUGUGUAGUGAAGUAAAGCAAAUGAAUGCUGAUUAUGUUAAUGACGCCAUCUUCCAAGCCAUCAAGGGAGGGGUUAUUGAGUUUAUUGAUGAAAUAGUGAAAGUGGAUCACCAGCUUUUAUAUACCACUGACACAAUGGGAAGAAACAUAUUUUUUUAUGCUGUCCUAUAUCGUCAAGCUAAAAUUUUUAACCUUAUAUACCGGCUUGGUAAAGCGAAAAAUUCAGUUACAAAUGUUCGAGAUUCAUCAAAAAGCACUAUCUUGCACAUGGCAGCGAUGUUAGAACCUUCCACUAAACGUGAUCGCAUUGCAGGUGACGCUUGCAGAGUGAAGUUCAAUGGUUUCAGGAGGUGGAGAGCAUUUGCAAUCCUCUACAUAGUGAAAUUCGAAAUGAAACAAAGAUGACAGCUAGAGAACUCUUUAAUCAUGACCACAAGGACAUGGUGAAGGGAGGGGAGGAAUGGAUGAAGGGCACUGCAACUUCUUGUACAGUUGUAGGAGCUCUCAUUAUUACCAUUAUGUUCACUGCAGCAUUCACUGUUCCAGGUGGUAACGAUCAAAAUACGGGGUUCCCAAUGUUCUCACAUAAAAGGUUAUUUACGGUCUUCAUCAUAUGCGAUGUAUUAUCACUUUUUUCUUCAUCAACUUCAGUAUUGGUCUUUCUGGGAAUCCUUACAUCACGUUAUGCGGAAGAAGAUUUUCUCGGAUCCUUGCCGACAAAGAUGAUAAUAGGACUUUCCACUCUUUUCUUCUCAAUUGCAACUAUGAUGAUCACCUUUUAUGCUGGUAUUUGCAUUAUACUACCCGGAAAAUCAUGGGUGACCAUUCCUGUCAUUUGUCUUGCUAGUGUUACAGUCAUCCUAUUUGGUUUUAUGCAGUUUCCCAUUAUUUUUGACAUGAUCAAGUCAACAUAUGGGCCUAGUAUCUUCGAUAGGAAAAAGAAACAUUUUUCUUAAGUAAUUUAUUUUAAUAAUUGGGUUACUAAAGACGAUAUGAGUUUAGAAUGAAAUUUGUGUUCAUUCAGCUUGUGAUGUAUUAAGCAUAUUGGUCUGACACUGGUAAUUGAUUAAUCAUAUAACCUUCGUAGAUUUCUUUUUUCUUU